AUGGCUUCUAAUCAUGCACCCAACUCCUCUACAUUAAUACGUUUCUGUCUCAUCCUUAUCAUUUCCAAUCAUGCCACUGCCAUUACUACUCAUCAUCAUCAUCAUCAUCAUCAUCAACAAAAACAACAACAACGGUUCAAACAAGCACCCAAAUUCUACAACUCUCCAACCUGUGCCACCAUUGGGCUGGAAUCCACCGGCACGUGUUCAGAGGAGGCAGUCCACGUGGCGAUGACACUCGACAUCACCUACCUCCGGGGCUCCAUGGCCGCCAUCCUCUCCGUCCUCCAGCACUCCUCCUGCCCCGAAAAUGUUAUCUUCCACUUCGUCACCGCCGCCUCCAGGACCUCCUCCACCACCCUCCUCAACCGCACCCUCUCCAACUCCUUCCCCUAUCUCAACUUUCAAAUCUACCCCUUCAACGACCGCCAAGUCGCCGGCCUCAUCUCCACAUCCAUCCGCUCCGCUCUCGAUUGCCCCCUCAACUACGCCCGCAACUACCUCGCCAACCUCCUCCCCUCCUGCGUCCGCAAAAUCGUCUACCUCGACUCCGACCUCGUCCUCGUCGACGACAUAUCCAAACUCGCCGCUACGCCCCUUGGAGACGACGACAACAACAACAACAACACCGUCCUCGCCGCGCCCGAAUACUGUAACGCCAACUUCAGCGCCUACUUCACUCCCUCCUUCUGGUCCAACCCCUCUCUGUCCAACACCUUCGCGGGCCGAAGGCCCUGCUACUUCAACACCGGCGUCAUGGUCAUUGAUUUGCAACGCUGGCGGGCCGGCGACUACACUACGAAGAUCCAGGAGUGGAUGGAGCUCCAGAAGAGAAUGCGGAUCUACGAGCUGGGCUCCUUGCCUCCGUUUUUACUUGUCUUCGCCGGGAACAUAGGCCCGGUGGAUCACAGGUGGAACCAGCAUGGGCUUGGCGGGGAUAACUUUCGCGGGCUUUGCAGAGACUUGCAUCCAGGCCCGGUGAGCCUCCUGCAUUGGAGUGGGAAGGGAAAGCCCUGGGCCCGCCUCGACGCCAACCGCCCUUGCCCCUUGGAUGCCUUAUGGGCUCCCUACGAUCUUCUCCAAACUCCCUUCGCUCUUGAAGCCUAG